AUGCCUGUCGACCUGAACGACCCCGAAGCGGUGCGGAGGGCCAUUGCCAACAUGCCUCCCGGCCCUCCCCCCGGCUGGUAUCCGGGCCACCCGGACGACCCGAUGUCCCACCCCGAGAAUUUCAGCCCCGAGAGACAGCAUUUGGUCCGCCGAGUCGGCGACCCUUGGCCCGAGGGUAUCCCAGGAGGGCCCACCUCCACGCCUUCGGGGACAGCUCACUCGCAAGCGGGCUCGAGGCCAGGUUCCUCCCAUUCCCAUAGACGACCCUCUUCUGUCGCAUCUGGAGCUACUUCGCGCUCAGGAUACAGCUCGUCGAGCCGCCCCAGCUCGUCUCACUCCAGUUCCGGCGUUCCCAGCCAGGCAUUCAGUGCCGGUAUCAAUGCCCUCAAUGCGGCCCACUCGCAAUCUCGUCGAAAUGGUCCUCGCUCCCAUGCGGAGUCCGAUGUGACUCAAAUCGACGAUGCAUCAAUGGUUACUAUCGAUACCACCGCCUCGGAGCUCGCGGCCAUGAAUCUGAGUGAACGCCCCACCUCGGCCCGGGGCGGGGCAUACAUGAAUCCUGGAAUGCCGAGCCCCGUCUCCGUGGCGCCUUCCGCAGCCCCUUCGACGGCCUCGUCUCGAUACAGUUCCCGCAGCUCGCGAGCUGGAUCAAUCGCGCCCUCUGCAGCCCCUUCGACGGCCUCGUCUCAAUACAGUUCCCGCAGUUCGCGAGCUGGAUCAAUCGCGCCAUCAAUGCUCCGGGGACCCGAGUCCGAUGCGGGAUCGGUCUGGAGUGGAGGCUCUUCGGUGGCCCCUAGUGAUUCGCAAUCCUCAUACGAAGGUUCAAGCCGACACCAACGUCCCAUUCGACCUGGUGUUCCCCAUCGAGCCAACUCGUCUGCGGGUAGCCGUUACUCUACUGCUGGUUCUGUUGCAUCAGGCGCUAGUUAUGCCUCGCGUAACUCUGGCGCUAGCUAUGCUUCACGCGAGUCUGGCGCUACGUCUGCCUCGCGCGACUCGGGCAGGUCUGGUCGAUCUAGUCGUUCUGGUAUGUCUAGCUCAACGCAAGGAAGCUUUCGCUCAGCCGGUUCUAGCGGGACCAUACGACCACCUGGCUCGGUGGCAAGCGGGACAACACGCGGCCGGCGGUCCUCCAUCGAAUCCGCCGCAACCCAGAACGCCGGGCCGGACGGGAACGUCUUCUGGCCAGACCUCCGGCCGAACCUAUCCUCGGACGCCGCACUCCACAACUUCACCGUCGUAUGCCCCGUCUGCGCGACGUCUAUGAGAGCCGAUGAGACGACCAGCAGGAACAAGGCGAAGAUCUUGCACUGCGGCCAUAUGCUCUGCAUGGAAUGUGUCGUUCGUAUCUGUGCCAAUGUCGACGGCAGCCGCGACAACCCCAACGCACGCAAACCUGAGUGUCCUCUUUGCAAAGAACCUCUUGGAAGGUACCCGCAUUGCAGUAAGACCUGCAAUGCUCCCGGAAAGAUUGGCUAUCCGAUGCCCAGGAAUAUGGAGGAAAUGAGAAGGCUACCCCUCACCAUACCCGAGGGUGGUGCGAAUCCUGCCUGCUGCAAGUCAUGCCGGAUCAAGAACAUCGAGGUCCAGAGUAAGAAGGUCAUACGUAUUAUUCUCAAUGAUCGGAACGCGACGGUGAGGUGGAAUCCGGCAGUAGACCCGGAUGAUGAAGAUCGCGAUGAUUACACGAGGGUUCCUGAGCUGCAGAAUUUCCUUGAUGUUUUGGCUGAUACAGUUCGAGACCCUGAGAUCUCUCGGAAAUAUGCGAAUCUGUAUCCUCAGGUGUUUUCUCCUCCACAGCACGCCGUCGCUGAGAGGCAAAAUCGCACAGGUUAG